UUUUUAUAGCUUCUUUGUACUCUGCUUGUUUAAUUUUAAAGAGUUACAAACCCAUAGGAAUUGGCCUGCUACAACAUCUUUCAGACUUGAUUCUUUUGCUACUUCCUGUCUUAUUCUUUUUCUGAACAGAGAGUAAUCUUGCCAGAUCUGUGUUUUAGAAGGAUACAACUGGGAGCAGCAUAGAGGAUGGAUUGGAAUGGGGAGAGAAUGGAGAUAGGGACAUCAAGAAGGAGAGACAUGCAAUCCAGAAAAGGACAGAGGCACCUAGAUACCUGGGUUUGGAACAAGUUCCACAAUUUUCUCUGUGAACUUAAGCAAGUUAUCAACCUGCCUAAACCUCAGUUUGUCUGUCAUAUGAAGUUAAUACCCAUCUGGCAAGGCAUUUUAAAAAUAUUUAAUCAUUCAUGAGUUGAGCCUCAUUCUUGAGUUAUGGAUGACAAAGCCUCUGUUGGAAAAAUCAGUGUCUCCUCAGACUCAGUAUCUACUCUUAAUAGUGAAGAUUUUGUCUUGGUUUCCAGGCAAGGAGAUGAGACACCAUCUACAAAUAAUGGAAGUGAUGACGAGAAAACAGGACUCAAGAUUGUAGGGAAUGGAAGUGAACAGCAGCUGCAAAAAGAGCUAGCAGAUGUGCUGAUGGAUCCUCCAGUGGACGACCAGCCAGGGGACAAGGAGCUUGUGAAAAGGUCACAACUGGAUGGUGAAGGAGAUGGGCCGCUUUCUAGUCAGCUCUCAGCUUCAUCUACCAUUAACCCUGUGCCAUUAGUAGGGCUCCAAAAACCAGAGAUGAGCCUGCCAGUGAAACCUGGACAAGGAGAUUCUGAAGUGUUAAGUCCUUUCACACCAGUAGCAGAUGAGGACAGCGUAGUUUUCAGUAAACUAACUUAUUUAGGCUGUGCCUCAGUAAAUGCUCCCCGGAGUGAAGUGGAAGCCUUAAGGAUGAUGUCCAUCUUAAGAAGCCAGUGUCAGAUUUCACUAGAUGUAACCCUCUCAGUGCCGAAUGUAUCUGAAGGAAUCGUGAGACUCUUAGAUCCUCAGACAAACACUGAAAUAGCAAACUACCCUAUCUACAAAAUUCUCUUCUGUGUCAGAGGGCAUGAUGGAACUCCUGAAAGCGACUGUUUUGCUUUCACUGAAAGUCAUUACAAUGCAGAGCUCUUCAGAAUACAUGUCUUCCGGUGUGAAAUACAAGAAGCUGUAAGCCGGAUACUUUACAGUUUUGCCACUGCCUUCCGCCGUUCUGCAAAGCAGACCCCACUGUCAGCCACUGCUGCACCCCAGACUCCUGACAGUGACAUCUUUACCUUCUCUGUGUCUUUAGAAAUAAAAGAAGAUGAUGGUAAAGGUUACUUUAGUGCAGUUCCCAAAGAUAAGGAUAGACAAUGCUUUAAACUACGCCAAGGAAUUGAUAAGAAGAUUGUCAUCUAUGUGCAACAAACAACUAAUAAAGAACUUGCCAUUGAAAGGUGUUUUGGUCUUCUCCUUAGUCCAGGAAAAGAUGUACGAAAUAGUGACAUGCACUUGUUAGAUUUGGAAUCUAUGGGCAAAAGUUCAGAUGGAAAGUCCUAUGUUAUUACUGGGAGCUGGAAUCCAAAAUCCCCACAUUUUCAAGUCGUAAAUGAAGAAACUCCUAAAGAUAAAGUGCUGUUCAUGACCACAGCUGUUGAUUUGGUAAUAACAGAAGUGCAGGAGCCUGUUCGAUUUCUCCUAGAGACAAAAGUCCGUGUUUGCUCACCUAAUGAAAGAUUAUUCUGGCCCUUCAGCAAACGUAGUACUACUGAAAAUUUCUUUUUGAAACUAAAGCAGAUAAAGCAAAAGGAGAGAAAGAGUAAUACUGACACUUUAUAUGAAGUUGUAUGCUUGGAAAGUGAAUCAGAAAGAGAAAGGAGGAAAACUACAGCCAGUCCUUCAGUUCGCCUGCCACAGUCUGGAUCUCAGAGUUCAAUGAUACCUUCUCCUCCAGAAGAUGAUGAAGAAGAAGAUAACGAUGAACCUCUCUUGAGUGGAUUUGGUGAUGUAUCCAAAGAAUGUGCAGAAAAAAUUCUUGAAACAUGGGGAGAACUGCUGUCAAAAUGGCAUCUCAACUUGAGUGUGAGACCAAAACAGUUGUCAUCUUUAGUGAGAAACGGUGUCCCUGAAGCUCUUCGAGGAGAAGUCUGGCAAUUGUUAGCAGGCUGUCACAACAAUGACCACUUGGUAGAAAAAUACCGCAUUCUCAUCACAAAGGAGUCUCCCCAGGACAGUGCUAUUACCCGGGAUAUUAACAGGACAUUCCCAGCCCAUGACUACUUUAAGGACACAGGAGGAGAUGGACAAGAUUCUUUAUAUAAAAUAUGCAAGGCUUAUUCCGUGUAUGAUGAAGAGAUUGGCUAUUGCCAGGGCCAGUCAUUUCUUGCUGCUGUGCUGCUUCUCCAUAUGCCUGAAGAACAGGCAUUCAGUGUUCUGGUCAAGAUCAUGUUUGACUAUGGCCUCAGGGAACUUUUCAAGCAAAACUUUGAAGAUUUGCAUUGCAAAUUUUACCAGUUGGAGCGCCUCAUGCAGGAAUACAUUCCUGACCUGUACAACCACUUCCUGGAUAUAAGCCUUGAAGCACACAUGUAUGCCUCCCAGUGGUUUCUUACGCUUUUCACUGCAAAAUUCCCUCUCUACAUGGUCUUUCAUAUCAUCGACCUGCUUUUAUGUGAGGGAAUAAGUGUUAUUUUUAAUGUCGCCCUUGGAUUAUUAAAGACUUCCAAGGAUGACCUGCUGUUGACAGACUUUGAAGGUGCCUUGAAGUUCUUCAGGGUUCAGCUUCCUAAGAGAUACCGCUCGGAAGAAAAUGCAAAAAAACUAAUGGAAUUAGCUUGCAACAUGAAGAUUAGUCAGAAGAAGUUGAAAAAAUAUGAAAAAGAAUAUCACACCAUGAGAGAACAGCAGGCCCAACAAGAAGACCCCAUCGAGCGAUUUGAGCGGGAGAAUAGGCGUCUACAAGAAGCUAACAUGAGGUUGGAACAGGAAAAUGAUGACUUAGCUCAUGAGCUGGUGACGAGCAAGAUUGCACUGAGGAAGGACCUGGAUAAUGCUGAGGAAAAGGCAGAUGCACUGAACAAGGAGCUGCUGAUGACCAAACAGAAGUUGAUUGAUGCAGAAGAAGAGAAAAGAAGAUUAGAAGACGAAUCUGCUCAGUUAAAAGAAAUGUGCCGCCGGGAACUUGACAAGGCAGAAUCUGAGAUUAAAAAAAAUAGUUCCAUCAUCGGUGACUACAAGCAGAUUUGUUCUCAGUUGAGUGAAAGAUUGGAGAAGCAGCAGACAGCUAAUAAAGUGGAAAUUGAGAAAAUUCGGCAAAAAGUGGAUGACUGUGAGCGCUGCCGGGAAUUUUUCAACAAAGAAGGGCGUGUAAAGGGCAUCAGCUCAACCAAGGAGGUUUUAGAUGAGGACACAGACGAAGAGAAGGAGACACUCAAGAACCAGCUGAGGGAGAUGGAACUAGAACUGGCACAAACCAAGCUCCAGUUGGUGGAAGCCGAGUGUAAGAUACAGGACUUGGAGCACCAUUUAGGCCUUGCCCUCAGCGAGGUUCAGGCAGCGAAGAAGACAUGGUUCAACCGAACGCUGAGCUCCAUAAAGACAGCAACUGGGGUUCAAGGGAAAGAGACUUGCUGAGAGCCGCUGCUGCCUCCAGACACCGAACACGACACCUUUUGUUGCCUUCUUUGGCCAGAUGUGUGAUUCUGUGACAUGUCCCAGGACCAGAAUGUACCUAAGUCAGAUCUGUAGACACAUGUUGGUAGGUCAUUGGACCAGAGCUCAUGAAGCAGGCAGCCUCUGGGGUAAGACUACUGAUACUAACAGGCCUGCUAGCUCAGCAGAUGCUCUAGACACAAUCUAGAAACCACUCCCUCAGUGUGGCCUCCCAGGCCCCUUCCCGGUGUAGGUCAACACCUCACUCAGCCUAAAGGCUGAGUUUACACGAUCAGUUUGGGGAUCUUUCAGUCUGUUGAUUUUUUUUCCCUAAACCUUUCAUUUUUUUUUUUAAAUAUACAUAUAUAUAUAUAUGGGGGAGGGAAGGAGGGGAUCAGAAACUCAAAUAAUUCUUACUCUGCUUCAGUGCCAGCAGAAGGUCCCCCAGGUAGACAUGGAGAAGCACUUUGUUUUAAAUAGGAAGGUUUCAUAUUUGUAGUUGAAGCUACUUCAUUUUGUUAAACUAUAUAAUGCACAGGUUUUUGGUUUGGCAUUAUUCAUGUUUCUGAUCAAUUCUAUGCAACUCUCAUGGUUCCUGUUGUUUUUAGCAUUAGCUGCCAAGAUGACUUCACAAGGCUGGGGUGGGUGACUUGACUGACUGUGAGACUGGAUUAAUCAUAACGUGGACAGACCUUAUUUUGCUUAAUGUGUCAUGUGUGUGUGUAUAUAUAUAUAUAAAUAUCUUUCCCAGUAUACCCAGUUGACAGUGUUUAAAUCGCAGACUAGAACUGCUGAUCUGCACAGUUUAAUGAUGUGGUUAUUUGGGCACUUAACUUCACUCAAGGUUUGCCGGGCUCUGCUCUCCCCCUGCCGUUACAGGAGCUGUGAAGAGCCCCCUCACUUCAUGGUUCCUAGUGUGUUUGCACAACAGGUUGUCCGAGUGAGAAAGGCCGAGCUGUAUGUUUGCAUCCUGCAUGUGCCUCGAGGUGUCCGUCCUCCUGGCCUGGUCCCUCCCAGACUGGCUGGGCCUCAGGCCCUCCCCAGAGUAUGGCUGGGUGCAGACCUAACAGUUCAGCUGGGCUACAAGUUCUCACUUCAAAGCUAUGGAAGGGAGGUUUUAGCUCCUUUAAAAAAAGAAAAAAAACCUUUGACUUAAUUUAUAUGGUGAUAUGCUGACAGGCUAACUCGCCGAUGGUUUGUCUUCUCUUCGUUCAGUGUGGAGGUGGCUGGUUACAAGAGACACUGGUUUGUACAUAAAGACACUUGGGUUGUUCUGUAGCUCUUUUUCUUGUUGGCUGUACUAAUGCUUGCUGAGGUCAUCUGUGACACAGGAGGUAAAAAGUGGCAACCCCUCCCCCACACCAUCCCCUCCGCUGCUUUCUGUCUUGUUCAGUUACCAAAACAGCUGUAAGCCCAUCUAAUGCUAGGCACGUGGACAUUGUGCUAGGGUAGUUUCAGUGUGUCAACUUUAUGAAUUGAAAUAUAAACCAGUAAAAUUGUAUUACUAUUUCUUUUGUUGGUUUUAUUUUAACAGCAUAUUCAUUAAAUAUUUUGGUACAAACAGAA